AUGUCUUCGAAGAACAAUCUUCUGUUGUUCUUCGACCGGCCGACGGAGCCAUGCUUCAUGCAAAAGGGUGAGAACAAGGAGGUGUUUCAACUACCCGAUAACUACUAUCCGGAAAAAUACAAGUCGUCCAGUAACGUGCUGGCUGACCGAUUCGGAAAUGAUGCGACCAAGACAAUCCCGGUUCGAAACAUUGCUUUGCCUGAUCUCUCCUUGCCGCAGCAACUCCCAUACAAUGCUCAGUUUUCUCUGUGGAUAGAGAAACAUAGGAAAAUGGCCGCCAAGCUUAUUGAUAUCUUCAUGGGUAUGCGUGACGUGGAUGACCUGCAGUCCAUCUGUUCGUACUGUCAGAUGAGAAUCAACCCCUACCUAUUCAACUACUGUCUCUCUGUGGCUAUAUUACACAGGGAUGACACCAGGGGUCUAAACAUCCCAACCUUUGCUGAGACAUUCCCUGACAAGUUCAUGGAUCCUAAAGUAUUCCGCAAAGCAAGAGAAGUGUCGUCUGUGGUACCCACAGGAAACAGGAUGCCGGUUCUUAUCCCCCAAAACUACACGGCAGCAGAAAGCGAGCCUGAACAGAGAGUCGCCUACUUCCGCGAAGACAUUGGCAUCAAUCUACAUCACUGGCAUUGGCAUUUGGUCUACCCGUUUGACGCUUCCGACCGUUCUAUAGUAGCCAAAGACAGACGAGGAGAGCUGUUCUACUACAUGCACCAGCAGAUUGUUGCACGAUACACAACUGAGCGUUAUUGUAACAACCUAGGAAGACCUCGACGAUACAGUAACUUCCGUGAACCCAUUGAGGAAGGGUAUUUCCCCAAACUAGACUCUCAAGUCGCCAGCAGGUCCUGGCCACCAAGAUUCGAAGGAUCCAAGAUUCAAGAUCUGAACCGUCCAGUUGACCAGAUCCGUAGUGACGUUUCGGAGAUGGAGACAUGGAGAGACCGAUUCAUUGAAGCUAUUAACAGCAUGAGUAUUAUGCUGCCAAAUGGUCGUCGCAUCCCCCUAGAUGAUGAGACAGGGAUCGACAACCUUGGUAACAUGAUGGAGUCUUCAAUCCUCAGCCCCAACCGGCCUUUCUAUGGAGACCUUCACAACAUGGGACAUGUUUUCAUCUCCUAUGCACACGAUCCUGAUCAUAGGAACCUGGAACAAUUUGGUGUCAUGGGUGAUUCGGCAACUGCAAUGCGAGACCCCAUAUUCUACCGCUGGCACGCAUAUGUUGACGAUAUAUUCGUACUUUAUAAGGACAAGCUACAGCCAUACAGCUCUGACACGUUGGAUUUCCCCGGAAUCCGCGUUCUUUCGGUGGACAUGCAAUCCACUGGUGGAGCGAACACUUUGUCAACUCAGUGGGAACAAAGUACUGUGGACCUAGGUAGAGGUCUAGACUUCACUCCUCGUGGUUCAGUACUUGCCCGCUUCACACAUCUGACACAUGACGACUUCACCUAUGUUAUCGAGGUAAACAACACAUCAGGCCAAGGUGCGAUGGGUACCGUUCGUUUGUUCAUGGCGCCAACACAGGACGAGCGUGGCAACCCUCUGAACUUCAACGAUCAACGACGGCUUAUGAUUGAACUCGACAAGUUUACUCAAUCAAUCCCAACCGGUACAAGCACCAUCAGGCGUAGCUCCCUCGAUUCGUCCGUAACUAUUCCCUAUGAGCGUACCUUCCGCCGUCAAGCCGACCGACCUGGUGAUCCAGGUUCUGGUACAGCUGCUGAAUUCGACUUCUGCGGCUGUGGAUGGCCACACCAUAUGUUGGUGCCAAAGGGAACAGCCAAGGGAUUCCCUAUGGUCCUCUUCUGUAUGAUUUCUAACUGGAAUGAUGAUCAGGUGGUUCAAGACACAGUAGGCUCCUGUAACGAUGCUGCUUCAUACUGUGGUCUUCGUGACCGGAAAUACCCGGAUAAACGGGCAAUGGGAUAUCCCUUCGAUCGUCCAAUACCCGUUUCUCGUCUCAAUGAUUUCUUGACGCCCAAUAUGAAUGUACGCGACUGUACGAUUCGAUUCAAGGACGCAGUGCGUCAACGCCAGGGGUAA